CUCGAUCACUGCAUUCUCUGGCUGCGCAGCUGCGCAUAAACCAUUUCGUAUCCUGGCUCUCUUAAUCACUCAAUAUGGGUGUCCCUAACGGUGAUCUGCAAGACCUCGAACGUCAGCGCCUCGAACUCGAAGUCAAUGUUCUGGAACUCCAGAAAUCCCUCUACCGAUGGAGGACACAGGAGGCGGAAUACGAUGGUUUGACGGAAGAAUUUGGCGAGCUGGAUGAUACUGCGACUCCAGAUGAUUUCCUUCAAGUGGGUCGCAACUACGACUGGGCCUUACUGAAUGAAAAGGAACUCGCCGCGAUCGUCGAAGGGCAGGAUGCUACUCGCAGCAAAGAACAAGUGAUCCGACUUAUCGUCAGGAGGCUCGACACCGUGAAGCAAAAUGUCUCGACUUUAGAGAAGAUGCUACGGGCAGCGGAAAACAAACUACAAGACCUGGAUGCAAUGGAGCGGCUCCCAUCGGAACCCACGGCCGAUUUUCCCAUGACGGAAAUUGUCGAAAACCUGGAUGAGGAUGGUAACAUUAUUUCCAGCUCAACCAAUACACCUGGAAAUGAGGCAGGCGAUCUUUUGGAACUUUUGCAGAAGGCUGGCGUGAAGGAUGUGCCAGAUAAUUCGCAGACGAACACCCAGGCAGAGGUGCAGCAAGACUCUCAGAAUGAGGCAAAGACUGAAGCCUCAGACUCGACGAACAAUGAGGACCAAACCGCACCCGGUCAUACAGGCAUCCUCACCCCCGAUUCUAUGGAUAGCGACGAUGGUCCCCGAACCUAUCAUUUCGAAGACGAACCUGCUACGUCGCAGUCAGCCGAGAGCCGCCAGGAGCGCCCUGUUACCAAUGUCGAUGAAUCCCCUGAAGAUGCUCAACUUCGUAGCGAGAUGCUUCGUUACAGUCUUGAUGAGGUUGGCGCUGUUGUUGCGGAACUUGAGCUGGACGAGGGUGCUAGUGACAUCUCGGUUGACGAAGACGCCGACGUAUACGCAUAUGACGACGAUGAAGAAAGCGAGGAAGAAGAUGAAUUCGGUCGGAGCACACGGUCUGUCUUGGACGAGAAUUAUCACCAACAAAUGCGCGAGCUGGAGGCUAAAUUGAAUGCGCGCGGAAUGUAUAACAUGGGCAAAGAUACUGGUUCGCUACCCGAGGAGGUGAGAGAAGAGCUUCAACAACCUCAUAAGGUCCGAAUUGAAGAGCCUCCUCAGGAGACGGGUAAAUCCGUUGCAGGAAAGAAGCCUAAGAAGAAGGUUGCCUUUGCUGAUGAGCUGGACAUUGCUCCCGCUCCCAAGUCUCCAACCGCGGAAAAGAAAACUCUUCCGCCCAGGCAGUCAGACGUACAGGUUCUAUCCGACUCAAUUGUUGAACGUACAGAGCCGGUCGCAAAGGACCCAACGCCAAGUGCUGCGCCCAAGAAGGCCUCCCGUUUCAAGAGUGCGCGAAGCUCUGCGGGAGGAAGCACUGCACCAGUGGUUGCCUCAGACAGCGCACCCAGUUCUAGUGUGUUACAGCGGAAUUCAGGAACGUCAUCAGCACCACCGUCCUCAUCGCUGCCCCUAUUCCCUGCCACACCAGCCGAGCCUAAGCCGUUCUCGCAGCCUAUUCAAGAUAUCGACGAAAAGCCACGUACCCCUAAGGGGCCCAAGGAUAAGAUCCUGGCGGAUACCCUCGUCGAACGUGACAUCUCUGAAGGCGCCGCCGCCCCUCCCGAGCCAGACGAGCUCGACGAGCAGCUCCACAGAAAAGAAAUCGCAAGUGAAUUCUAUCGCGCAAGAAAUCGGCGUAUCAAGGAGAACGAGGGUUUCGUGGACAACGAGCCUGAAAUGGUUCCCAUCGAGACCGAAGAGGCUCCCAAGAAAGUGAGCAAAUUUAAAGCUGCCCGAAUGAGGUAGCUUGGUAUAAACAGUAUAGACCUAGAAAUUCAGAUACCCGAAAUGCAUUCAAUAUAUG